AUGGGCGAGAGAGAUGCUGCGCUGAAUGAUAUCAAUUUGAAUACGCCUGUCCCGAGCCUGAAGACCAAGGACACUCCACAUGAUAACUUUUUAGAAACCGCAGAUAUGAAUGGGGAGAAUUGUGCUGCAAACAGCUUUUCAGGACCAAUCGGUUCAGAAUAUGCGUCAGAAGCUUCGAAGUAUACUUCGGUUAUUGAGGGAUUCUUGAAAUGUCCCAGUUUGAACAAGUUCGAAACCGUGAGCGAAAGUCUGACACGUCUAUACAGGGCGUACAUGUGGAAACACCAUUUCAAGAAAGUUCGGGAAUUGACUAAAAGAAAUAUGCUAGCUGUUAUCAAGCUUCUUGAAAUUGGAGAGACCAACCUCGCCGCGCGUGGCGUCAUGCUUGUGUUUAAUGAAACAAACCCGCACCAAAUAAACACACUCGAUCAGCUUCUCCUGGCGGAUUUCACGUCUUGCAAUAAUUACUAUCUUUUGGCACUAAAGCUGCUCGCUUUGCAGAUCAUAAUAAAGGGCAGAACACACGACGCGCACUGCGAAACAAUCCUAACAGUGUUCGCUAAAGACUCCAGAUAUUUACUCAAAGGUGGAAAGACUAAAAUAAGUUCCAUGUCAAAGGUGCUGCUCAACUUCUUCUCUCUUCUUCCCAAGUACAAAGCUCUUUUUGGGCUCAAGUUUCUCCAGUAUGUCAGACAAUUUGACCUUGACUACAAGAGCUUUAUCAAAAACAUGUCCCUUCCUCAAUUUCAAACCCUGAUCCAAAAGUGGGCCAAGACUUCGAUUUCGGAUAUAGAGGAGUUUUUAAAUCUUUACUACGUGAGUUACUCGAGGCAUUUUGCAACAGCCGAUAAAUUAAUGCUUCGUGACAUUGUGGAGCACAAAACGGUAAACCGUAUAAAAGCUCUGCCUGGACUGUUCAACUCGCUUUCCAUACACCAGUGGAACUCGCAUUUGAAGACACUAUCCUCAAUGUCAAAUAAUGAACAAAACUCGUUGGUAGAAUUUGUUGAAGUAAAAAUACAUGAAAAGGCCUGCAGCGUACCGAAAGUCGCCUCAUUAGUAUUAAACUUCAUGCAAUUUGCCAAUGCUCGAUUCGUGCCGGCCUCGAGUCAUUUUUGGAGACUUUUUGACAAGUUAACAGUUUUUUUGAACAGCAACCUCGAAACAAUCGCUAUGCAUGUGCUAAAGGAAUUGAUGGAGAGUAUGUCCGAGUUCUGUUUGAAUAAUAUGGAGUUAAAAAGACUCCUAAACAUUGCUAAUGUUGCUUACAAUGCUUUUAUUAUUCACAAAAUGGAAGUUUUUUUAAUGGAGGCUGCCAGAUUUGACCGCCUAAGUCAGACAAUGACCGAGGGUUUGGAUCUUAAUCUCUCAAAGCUUGAGAAAUUUAUGUCUUGUGUGUCGAAUAAUUACCGUGUCGAGCUUUUCAAUUCAUUAUUCAACGUCUUUACCUGUUUCAGGUACGACACACUUGCUCCAUUAUUAGAAAUGGUAGGAAAGUUUUCGAAAUGCUACAAGCUCCUCAGGCUACCGUCGCUUCAUUGUCUGAAUGGUGCGUCAGAACUGAUGAUAUGCCUCCUAAGCACAUCACAAUCGCUUGAUCUCGAGGCUAUUCCCCACUGGAGCCCCUUAUGCCAAAUGAUGUACUAUUCGCACGAGAAAUCAAGAAAAGGCAACGACACCCACGUCUCAAACAAAAAAGACGAGUUAGAUCCUCUUAAAUUAUAUGAACCCUUAGUGAGAACUGCCUACUAUCUGGGAUUGGAGAGAGAACAAGAAGCUUGCCUGCGCCUCCCUAAAAUAGCAGAUGUUUACAUUGAAAAAUGGGUCAAAAGACCGAUAUCUUCCGACGAGGACAUUAGUGCCUUCGAGAUCUCUUUGAUACAAGUACUUUUUGGAGCUUUGAAAUUUAAUAAAUUUUACAGGAAAGUGAUCAGUUUAGCUGAGGCGUUGUUAUCGUCAAACAAAUCUUACUUUGAAAAGUGCGCCGAAUUUUCUCAGGGGCAACUGGUAUUUGCAUACGCCGGUCUGCAGAUGAAAAAGAACACACUCGAAAGUAUUCGCAAACUGCGAUUCAUGAGCCACUCACCGGUUAUUACAGACAUGAAUGUUAAUGAAGCAUCUGAUUUUGUUGAGGUUCGGCUGCUGUCUUUCGAAGAGCAUAAAGAUUAUACCGCAUUCAAUAAAUUCUUUAACCAGGACCUUCCCAAAUCAAGGAGAGAAAUGCUUGAUGUAGGUAAUGUGACGAAGAUGCCAACGAAAAGCUACCUUAGAGUCCUGUUGCUAAACAUCAAAAUUUUGAACACUGCUUCAACAUUACAACUGCACAACAAUAACAUGAAGGCUGCUCUGAUUGAAUCUAAGAGGUCACUUAAGCUGUGUCAGACGCUUUUGAAGAAAGUUUCAAAGCUCGACCAACAGGUUAAAUGGGAGCUCCUAACGUGCCUUGGAAAGUCUUUCACAGAUAUAAUCAAGAUAUACACCCAAGUGGGGAUAUCCAAAGAUUGUGAAUUUUAUGUGACAGAGUACCUAAGAUUUGCUUGUUCGAUAAACAUACCUAUUUUAGUCCACGAUUGUUUGCACGUAUCACUCAAUUACUACAAGCUAACGGGGCAAAGCGGCUUGAUACAUACGCUUUUGAAAAAGGCCAACUCAAUGUUUGACAAGCUUGACGGAAGCGAAAAUAUUGAAGCACUUUCAAAGUUUUUGCUUAACAACAACGAAGGUGAAAAGCUUUUAAACUCUCUUAAUUUAUUUUUCAAGGACCAAACGACCGAAACACUUCUUUACGACUACUGGAAGCUUCAACUGGGUGAAACACUUUCUUAUUCGCAUGCCGAUCCUCUUUUCAAUAAAAUCAAUGAUAUAAACAAAGGCAAAAAGCUGUAUGCUAAAAUUGCGAGACAGAUGGACACCGAUCCAUUUUUUGGAAGUAUGAAAGAGUCUGUCACUGCAAUUCCUUCAUGUGCCCUACCAGCUCAACAAUCAAAAGUUCUUCAUCCGGGAAAGAACGAAUUCGACACUCCAGUUAAAAGAAAGCUCUUUCCAUUUGCGAGCACAAAUUCGCCGAGACCAUCUUCCUUGACUCCACGAGGCAAGUCGCUUAAACAGAAUUUCGACCGUGCUCGUACUGUCAACGACUUAAAAAUUGUUAUUAAUUUGAUCGAGGCUCUGGACUUAAAAGGGAUGAAAAAUUUCGAAAUCAGAGACGCAUCUGAUCUCUACUCCUUAUCACUCUCGCUAAUGAGUAGUAUUACCGUUUCGAAAGUAAGUGCAAUAGUUUUAGAUCAGAAGCUAGCUCUCAGCGAUAUCCCAAAAUUUCUGCCGUUGCACUUUGAUAAGGUCUUCACCAGUCUGGGCAAUGAAAUCUACGCAUCUUUCGCUCCCAAUGUAAUCGAGACUGAAAGCCUUUCAAUCAAUGCCGAAAUACAAAAUCUGCUGGAAUCCCAAUCAAUCUUAUUCUCCACUUGUCAGGAAGCAUUUAACAUCAUCACAAUAGAUGUUUGCGGUAUCACAGGUGAUUUAAUGCUAUCCAAAUUGGAGUCCAACAAAAAUCCCAUUUGCUUAAGGCUACCUGUAAGUCGACACAGCUCUAGAGACGUCGACGAAACUCCAUUCAAAUUUGAAGAUGCCAUUCGUGAACUAAAGUGCAUCAUUGAAGAAAGCAAUAGAUCAACAUCAAUCGAGGUCACUUCUAAGAUAAAUACAAAAGAGGAGCGAAAAGAAUGGUGGCAACACCGUUAUGGGCUUGAUUCUAGAUUAAAAACACUAUUGACAAAAAUAGAACGCAGUUGGUUUUGCGGCUUCAAGACAUUUUUCAGUCAAUGCCUUGUGGAGCAAAAAUAUCUCGAUAGUUUCAGAAUAAAGUUCGAAGAAAUACUUCAACAAACGUUGCCGACAAGAAAACAGUUCGGCAGUCCUGAUCACUUUCUUCGUAUUGACGACGUGAUACUUGAGUUAUUACUGAAAUUGAAUCCAACCGAUAAGGAUUUCAUGGAACUGAUGGAGGAUGUUAUUUUUUUUGUCUUCGACCUUUUGCUUUUCCACGGUGAAGAAAAUGCUUAUGAUGAAGUUGAUACCAAUCUCUUGCAUGUACAGCUGGAAGAGCUAAUCAAAGAUUACCAUAAAGAGGUUACUUCUCCCAACAUACUCUCCCACACCUUUCUCGUGGUAUGCAGUGCAGGUCACUUGAUACCUUGGGAAAGCUUGAGCUUUCUGGCAGAUACUUCCGUAAGCCGCAUUCCUUGUAUUCAAAGUCUAGCCGAUAUUUUACAGAAACGUCAGUUGCCUCUUUCACCAACCAUUGACCUAAAUGAGAAAAUGUCAAUGAUUUUAAACCCCGAUGGCGACCUAAUACGCACUCAAGAAAAUUUCAAGGGAGUCUUUGAGCAAUGGAAAGAUGCUGUACCCCAUUCAAGUCUCUUAGUCGGGAAAAAACCGGAGGAAGCCCAGUUAGUUGAUAUGUUAAUCUGCUCCAAGGUUUUCAUCUACGUUGGUCACGGAGGAGGUGAGCAAUAUGUGAGACUUAAAAAGAUUAAAGAGCUAGAUUCAGCAGCCCCCAGUUUCUUGUUGGGGUGCUCAUCGGCAUACAUGGAUAGUAGAGGAAAAUUGGAGCCCUCUGGAGUUAUCUAUUCUUAUUUACUUGGCGGCUCGUCCAUGGUGGUUGGUAAUUUGUGGGACGUUACUGACAAAGAUAUCGAUAAAUUUAGUGGUGCUAUGUUUGGCGAGCUGGGACUGAUGGGCGAAGGAAAGGAAGGAAAAACGGUCUCGCAAGCGGUCUCCCUUGCCAGAAAUUCUUGCCAUUUAAAGUAUCUCAACGGCGCAGCACCGGUGGUUUACGGCCUACCGUUAAAGUUCAGACGUUAA